AUGGAAGUUGCCCAAGUCGGGACAUAUGUAGCAGAGAUCCAGGAAGCAAGGAAGUUGGGUGUGGACCAGGAGCAACCCCGUAUAUUGGUGCUGAGUGAUGGGGGCAUGCUAUUUGCAAAACCAUCUGAGGUGGACUUUAUUAAGGAAAGUCAGGAGAACUUCCCAGAUGUGGUAGGAGAAUGGUCCAAGGAAACUGGGGUGAGUUACUAUACCACUUCACUGCCUGAGCAGCAGACAUUACAGGAACCCUCAGACCUUGCUAUACUGUUCCAGGAGCAGCCAAUAGGGCUUCCUAAGAUUGCAAUGACUGUACGGAACACCCACACCGCAGGCCAGUCAGCAGGGCACAGUGUAAGCUAUGACUCUGACCCGCUUUGUCAAGAACUGCAGGAAGUCCUUGGUCGGUGGAUCCAAAAGAAAGGGCUAGAGCCAGUAAAAGCAAGGAUGCUUGAGAUUUUACCCAGCCUUCAAGAUUGGGUGUCCAAGUGGAAGCCACCACCGCAGAGAAAGCCGGAAAGUGUGCUGAAUCAGGGGCCAAGGAGACCCAGCCAUCGAGGAUCAGAUAUACCACACUUCAGACAAAUCUGGAAGCGGUGCCACCGAUGUGGACAAGGGGGGCAUCUCCGUCGGGAGUGUCCCAGAAAGAAAGGUCAAUACGACCAUUCAUCACCCAUGGGGGUUGUUGGCAGGAGCCACCCCCGGGAAAACAAACACUACCACCCUGAUGCGCCAGAGGCGAGGAGGGUGUGUCUGUCGCUCUGUGGCUUACAUGAUCAUUUUGGCCCUAUCCUGCUGUCAGAUAGCAGGCAUGAAGUCUUCAAAAAGGGGAAUGCAGAUAUCUUCUCCCUGUCUGUGCCAUUUCCUCUGGGUGACCUGAAAAGCAUCACACUCAGUCAUGAUGGUACAGGGUCUCACACAAGCUGGUACGUUGCCCAAGUUACUGUUCAGGAUGUCCAGCUAAAGAGGUCCUGGCACUUUAUGUGUAACACAUGGCUCUCCAAGCCACCCAGAGGAGACUCCCUGAGCAAGACCUUCACGUCUGCUGAGGACCAAGAGUUAAAAAGUUUCAGGAAUAUAUUUUUGAAGAGAACUAUAAGGGGUUUGCGUGAUGAUCAUAUCUGGAUUUCUGUCCUGAAUCACUCAGCCCGUAGUGUGUUCACCCGUGUUCAGAAAGUCUCCUGCUGCAUGUGUCUUCUACUCUGUACAAUUGUCAUUAAUCUCAUGUUCUGGGAGAUGCCUCAGGCCAAGUAUCCAGUAUUGAUUAGCGUGGGUAGUUUUAUCCUGACGUGGAAGGACAUCAUGAUCGCUUUUGAAAGUGCUCUUCUCAUGUUUCCCGUCAACUUGCUCAUCAUCUACAUCUUUCGAAACACUCGACCAAAGGAGAGUGGAACCUCAAAGGCCAAAACUAAGAAAUGCAGACAAAUUUCUGAUGCCAAAAAGUGUCCGACCCGCCAACUAAAUAUUGACACAGUUCUGGAGGACCUGUCGGGCAUAGUGUGGACUCUCAGCCAAACAUCCUGGAAUAACCUAGAGGUGGACCUGAGCCAAGAAUCAAAUGGAAAUUUUACCAUUCUCCUACAGACAAUCUCAAACCUCCUACGGAACCAGAUAACACCUGGACUCUUGGCAAUCUCGGUUCCACUGGCUCAGCUCCCCAACGAUGAGUUACACGCCUUGUUCUGCGCACACUAUGUCUCUCGAAAGCUCAGAAAAGUGUUCUAUGAUCUCCAGCAGCUGAGAAGCCAGCAGACCCCAGACAAUCAACAAUAUGAUGAGUUAAUUGCAGUGCUGCAACGACUGCUGCAUGUCUUGGACAAGUCUGUGCCUUCGUUGCCUGCAAGAAGGCCCCCACAAAAGCAGGAAAUAAAAAGGAAGAGGCUGCCGUGGUGGUUCUUGCUGAUUGGGUGGUCCCUGCUUAUCUCCAUAAGUGUUGUGUCUACCUAUUUCACCAUGAUGUACGGGUUCCUCUACGGAAAGCAGAGCUCUAUCCGAUGGAUCAUCUCCAUGGCUCUGUCUCUCUUUCAGAGCAUCUUCAUUCUGCAGCCUCUGAAGGUGGUGGGAUUUGCAGUAUUCUUUGCUUUGGUCUUAAAGAAGGUAGAUGAAGAGGAAGAAGACCUGCUGGAUGGGGAACUAGGAACAUCAGCAGAUCAGCAAGUAUACAGGGAGAGAGACGAUGAUCCACUGUGUCCUAGAAUAUUCAAAGGUUCUGUGAAUUACUGGGAGCGUGCUCGAAGUUGUGAUGACCGAUUAGGAUUCAUCUGUUCCUUUGAAUAUUUUAUUGAAAUGAAGCACAAAACAAUACCAAGCCUUUGGGGGACAUUUACUAAGCAGUGA